UGUGUGUGCAUUCACAUCAGAAGCCAAAAUGAAGACAUGCACAGUCUUUGUUCUAGUGGCUUUCAUCACCGUGGGGAUGGAGAUGGCCUGUGGUGACCCUCUGACACCUCUUGUCCAAGAGCAACAAAGACCUGGAGUCUGCCCCAAGGUGUCCGAAGAUUUCGUUGGUCAUUGUUCUGUUGGAUGCAUAGGAGAUGCAUCAUGUCCCAAGCGAAUGAAAUGCUGCAACCAUGGAUGUGGUCGUGUCUGCAAAAUUGCUCUCCCUGCAAAGGGUGGCUUGGGCGGCCCAGUGAAAGAUGGACAAGGUGUUUAUUAAGCGUGCCUGGAGACCAGCCCCAGAAGAUUUCUCAUGAAUCUGAUGCUUGGCUAACAAGACUCUUCUACAAACCAUUCCUGGCUAUUCUCUAUCCCUGGACUUGCAGCUCUAGAAGAUGAAGAUCUAAAGUGGUGGAGUGACCACUUCUAAAGAGCUUUUGUCUAAAAUAAACCUUAUCUGUGGCA